AUGAUUGAAGAGGACUUAGAAAGACAGCUGGAUGAAGCAACAGCUGCCCGUGAGUCCCGUGCUGAGAAAGUGAAGAGCGCCAAGGGUGACGGUUCCCAGCCUGCAAAGACAAGAGGUGAGAAAGCUGAAAGCCAAGACAAGUCAGAGGAAAGUGAUGAUGAGGAGGAUGAUGAAAAGCCGGACGCAGAUGCAGCAGCUGCAGCACUGAGAACGGCCAAACAAGAAAAGCGAGGCAAGAAGAUCCGCAAGAAGCUGGCCAAAGACAAGUCUCACGCAGAGAGGAAAGCCAAGGCCAGCAAGAAAGCCGGAGGAAAAGAUCUUGAAGGGAAGAAAGUGGAAGUGGCAAAGCCCACCAAGGGCCUUGAAGAAGCAGACAGCUUCGACACCAACAUCUUGGCUUUGAAGGGUUCUGACAGCAGGACCAAACACGCUCUGGACGAUUUCUUGUCAACCCUGUCUUGGGCCAGAUCCAACCUUGCGACAGAGAUUUCCGAUGAGGAGGCAAGUAGGUCCAAGCGUUUUCUUCUCAGCCUCUUCCUUGAGCUGGCAUGGGGCUGUUCAGUGGCUUGCAACGGCAAGCUGUUCAAGCAAUACUCUAGCUUCCGCGAAGAAAGCCAUGUGAUCUUCUACGCAGCCCACCAAAAGUUGACGGUCAAUGAGAAGAAGUUCGAUCCGCUGAAGCUUGCCCAGGACUUGCUGCACAUGGUUGUUCCCGAGAGCAGCAGCGAUGGCCACAAUGACGAAGAAUCCAUGUUGAAUUUCAUUCGAAUUUUUUCUGAAGCCCUUGCGCUUCGAGGAUACAUCAGCUCACACUUGCAUCUCCCGUCUUCAAUGCAUGAGAAGCUCACUCAGUUUCGCCAAAAGCUUGGGGCAAGCAUGAAGGAGUUCCGUGACUUGCCUGACUUCAAGGCCCAACUUGCCUAUUUCUUUGACCUUUUCACUGAGCUCAAGAUUGUUCCAGCGCCUUGGUUGAUCUAUGGGGCUUGCGCGGCGUAUCUUCACCAAAAGACUGGCGGGCGCCUGGUGGAAAGCACAGCUUCAACAUUUGAAAGCAGUGAGGUUCUCGCUCAGUUCUGUGGAAUGAGGGCCAGGUAUGUGAUUCUUGGGCUCGAGGAUUUGUUCAACAUGAAGAUCCUGAAGUGUUCUGAAGAGAUUGGGAAGAGCAUUUCAGAGAUGGCUUCUGAACUUGACACAAAUCAAUCCUGUGGCCUUGAAAGUUUCUCAUCAUCUGGGGAUGGCGCUGGAGUUACGUUUGUCUCUGCUAUCACUGCGUUUGACGCGGAACUGGCGCACGAAGGCGACAUGAAUUGGACUGAUCAGUGGGUGAAACUGCUUGGCGCAUGCGUUUCAGUCUCUACUGGGGCGGCAGCCAUUCGAGAUCUCCGCGGCGUCCCGAAGAAAGUCAAGCGGGCCGAGAUUGACAAAAAGGCAGAGUCGAAGGAGCCAGAAAAGUCCGAAGAUGUUGACCCCGAAAUCAGCGCAGCGAAGAGGAAGUUGAAGGAAGGACAAAGCACAGAAGACUUGAAAGACAAGAAGGACGACGACGCGAAUGGUAGCGGCGCAGAUGAAGGGAAGGAGGAUGAGGACUACUGGUUUGUUGGGUACAAGAAAGCUUUGAUCCCUUUGGAGCUGAUCCACAUGCCUGUGGAUUCAGCCAAAAUUCUCGAAGCUGAUGAGUCCCAGCUUCAGCACUACUGCCCUGGCAAUGUGCCGGAGCUUCGCGUCAAGAUGACAUCCUCUUGGCUCAAGAUUGUGGAGAAAGGAAUCGAGUCCUUGCUUUGGAGACUGUAUCAGGAUGUCACGGCGAAGACAGUUGAAAGCCACGUGAUGUAUGUAGCUGACCCUCAAGAAGCUGGCUUGAAAAGCUCUGAGAAGUGUGUUUUGGUGAACUGCCCGCCAACAGCAGAGCUGCUGUUUUGCGGGCCAGUUAGCACUGAACCGUCCAAAGAUGCUUUGAAGAUUGGCCAAUUGGGGGAAAUCACGUUCUACAUGCACCCUCCUCAACUUCCUCCUCAAGGGGACGUAGUUGUCCCUGCUUGGCUGGCCAAACCAACCCACAAGCGAGACAAUGUGACUUUGGAAUUCCAACAUGCCGUGAUCACUGUCUAUGUUUCUCCGAAUGGGGAGGUCUCGGCAUUGAACCCAAGCAAGGCGUGGGAAGAGAGGCAGGUAACAACUCAACAAGCGGAUUUGUUCAAGCUUAUGAUGUCUGAUGCAAUUCAGGCAGCAAAAACAAAGGCUCGCAACUGCAAAGAGAUUGCUCGACAGUGGAAGGGAGAGUGUGAGUCACGUGAAUCUGACUUGAAAGCCGCCCAUGAGGAAGUCUCUCGAUUGAAAGCUAUCCUGGGUGAUGUGAAGGCUUUGGGUGCAAGUGCAAAACCCAAGUGCAAAGCCAAGAAGGACCAAUCCGUUCAAGCCCCUGGCACCCCUAUUCCUGAGCAUGGUGACUUGAAGGCUGACUUGAGGUCUGUCGCUGACGCCACUUUGUUGGAUGCGGAAACAGAACCAGUUGCAAAGGAAGCAGGAUCACCCAAGCAGGAAUUGCCUUCCGAGGUUCUGCCGAAUGAGGCCGAGGAGCCCUCCAAAGGUGCUGUUGCUGCAGAUCCUGUCGAAAGCGUUUCUGAGAAUGGGGCACAUGGUGAGGAGGAGUCCAAAGUGGAGUUGGGCAAGCUGGGCAAAGCGGCAGACACUGCAGCUAAGCCUUCUGAGGAUGUAGCGGAGUUGGGCAAGUUGGGGCCGUCAGCGCAACCUGCUGCAGUUGGAAAUGCAGAUGAGAAUCUUUCUGAGAAGGCAGCAGCAGGUGCUUCGGAAUCCAAGUUGGAAGUGGGCAAGUUGGCAGGAGCAGCAACACCUGCUGAUGCUGAGAAUGAACCAGCCCAGAAAUGUGAGGAUGCUGCUGAUGCUGAUUUGCAGGAGCCCAAGUUUGGGGCGAGAGCCGCUGGACCGCUUUCUGAAUCUGAGCCUGAAGACAACUACUGCCCAACCCCAGAAAAGACGCCGCCUUCCUCGCCAGAUCCUUCCAAGGCUGAGAAGCCCCCAAGCUACAUCAAGAUAGCGUUGACGACUUAUUCGCUGACUAUUGCAGAGAAGCAUGCAGGGUCGGAAACCCCGCUGCCACUGGUGAGGGCCAUGACGCCAGAAGAAGUAGCCGCGAAAGCAGCCAAGAGCAAAAAGGAAGUUGCUUGGCCGUCCGUUCGCUGUGGUUUGGGUGCUGCGAUGGAUUUGAGAGAGAAGCAACUUGAAGCAGAAGGCCAAGAGACAGCGGCUUCAAAAAAGCGCCGCCGAAAAGAGGAGGAAAAGGUUGGCAGAUUAGGUCUAUUCUUUUCCUUCAAUGCCAAGACUGACAAGCACACGCAAAACGCUGAUACUUUGAUCUUCUCGAUCCAAUCCGGGAAAGAGUUGGAGUUGGCCAGGGUACAGAUUCGCAAUCCCAAGGAUGAAAUCACCAUGUUUUUUGGACCUUGCGUGGCGUGUUUCAUCCGGAUGGAAUUUUUUGUGAUCCUUGGGCGCAUCCGCAAGCAGAUCAUCGCCACUUGUGGAUUCGUUGAGCGACUUCGGCCACCUUAUGCUGUAGAGGCCCUGUCUUCGGCUUGGAUCCUCCGUGCUUGGUUCACCCCUGAGCACCAGCACGAGUAUGAGUUGGUGCAGCGUGUCAUAAGCCGUUUCACGGAGAUCUACGAGAACACCGAACAGUACUGGAUCCGCAAAUUGGACGGUGCUGCCAGCCGCAUGGAAAAAACGCAGGAGCAGUUGGAGCGUGCGCUGGAGAGUGCGGACAUGCGAGUGGCCCUGAUCCCCAGCGAUACGGCGGAGGAGGAGUUGCUGCGCAUUCAGAAGUUGCUCUGUCCUGAAACCUUAGUCCUGAAGGCGGACCUGAGCCUGGGAGAGGGGAAGGACGCACAGCUGAUCCCGGCCGGAUUGAAGCUCAUGCGACGUGGACAAGUGAGUGAUUUCUUCAAGCCCGAGGUGGACAAUGUGGAGCUCUCGCGACGGCUCAUGGAACUCGCUGCUGGCGCGGACUUACGGCUCCUCUUUGGUGGUGAUGGCUACAACGAAGCCAGAAAGCAGGCCGCUGAAGCCAUCGGGGAGUUGGGUGCCAUCAUCCGUGUGGUGAAGACAGCAGCCAGCGCCUUUCCAGAUGUGGCGGCCCAAUGUCAGGAGUUGUUGGACAAGCACCACAAAGGGGAGCUUCGGGCGGUCACCCAGGAAAAUAAGCUGCGGAUCCAGAUUCAAGAGAAGGAGGCGGAGGAGAUGGUGCGAACUGCCAACAUCAGGUUGAUGUUGGCGGAGGGCCAAAAGAAGGCAGCGGAAGAGAAGCUCCGCGAAGCCGAACAGGAACGCGUCCUGGCCGAGUCAGCGAAGCAAGAGUCCCAACAGCGAGCCGAUCAGUGGUGGGAGAACCUCCAGGUGAUGGCCAAAGAGAAGGAGAUGUUGGAAACCGAAAAGGGUCGCCUCGAAAGUGAGAAGCUCCAGUGGACACAGGUUCAAAGUUUGAUGGAACUCGAAAAGUCUGAACUGCAGGGAGAUAUCCAAAAAGCAAAGGAGGAGCGAAAGAGGUUGGAACACGCGGCAGAGAAAUGGCAUCACACGUUGCAAACGGUGAAGGCGCAAGCCGAAGAGAAGGAGGCGCACCUCAAGGAGAUCCAAGCCAUCCUGCAGAAGCAACAGGAAGAGGCAGCUGCCAAAUCUUCAGCUGCAGAAGAGUUUGGAACUCAGUGCCCGUUGGUUUUGCUCCGUGCUUCAGUUCCAUGGUUAGAAAAAAUGCGAAUCUUUCGGAGUUGGACCUUCCUUCUGUUCCUGUCGCUGGCUGUUUACUGUUUCUUGCCACAUCGGCCGGGAGAUUUGGGAGCCCCUGCGCGGCGCACCGAAGGAAGCGAGCCCCUGGUAGGCUUUGCGGCGGACUUCAUUGGGAACGCCUCGGAGGAGGCGGGAGACGACUGGCACCUUUUCUUCGGAGUGGUGAUCUUCCAUGAAAACGUGAGCUACCCGAUUGAGCUUAGCAAUGAUGUUUCGGAGCUUCAGAGAAAACUUCAAGAUCCUGACUGGGAGAUGAAUUUCUCUGCGAGCGUUCCCGAUUCCUGGCCCAGCUCUGUGUUGCCUCGCAAUAGCCAUGAAGCCUUGCAAAUCUGUAACGAGUGGGCCGACCUCUACACGGCGGUGCUGCUGUUGACCAAUGGCAGUGCCUCAGACUGGUGGAGCACUAUGGAGGUGGCGAAGGAGUUGAAGGAAAAGGAGGCAACGAUCUAUGCCAUUGGUCUUGACAAUGCCACUGAACGGACUGCGAAUCGCUCUGCUGAGUUACUGGAGUUGGCCACUGAUGUCGACACACAGGAUUUGGCUUCGCUCUUGGGCCUGGAAGUCGUUGAAGAGUUGACUCUACUGGCUUCAGUUCAAACCACAACCCCUGCGACCAGCACUGGUGGCACUGGUUCUGCUCGGGAAGGACUUGGUGGAGGUAUUGUGGUGCUGAUUGUCUUGCUGAGUUGUUGCUGCACCUGCUCGUUGAUCGGCAUUGGCUUCUAUUUCUACAAAGUGGACAAAGCUCGGAAGUCCAUGGCCAUGGCCAAACCCACUGCUGUUCUCCCCGCGCCGGAGCCCACCAUGCCGCCGCGCGGGACACGGGAGCCGCCACCUGUACCGAAGGACGACACCGAGAAGGGCCUGCAGGAGGCCAUUGACGAAAGAGACCUGGAGAAGCUACGCCGUUGGCUUUCCGAAGUUUUACUGCAAGGAUGGCCCGAGCCCAAGUAUUCCGAUUUGAUCCUGAAAGCUCUGGAGACCGUGGCACAGCUGAAGGACUCCACGCGGUCCUCGCUGGAGCAGCGGCUCGUUGGCGGCAAUGUGGGGAGCCUGGCCUCAGCACGGCUGGUGGGGCUGGAGGCGGAGCUGUUACAGCGAGCGGAGGAAGUGAGAGGAAGAGAUGAUGUCAUGUCCUGA